AUGAAUAAAUUUGGUUUACAACGUUUAUGUUUUACAUUAAUUAAUAAUGCAGCUAAACAACAAGAACAACAACAACGUAUACAUAUUUUAACAAUAAUGACACAAAUUGAUGAAACACAAACAACAAGAGCUUCAUCAGAACAUAAAUCGAGAAGAAAACAAUCAACUGAUCCACACCCACACCCACACCCACAUCCUCAAUAUCGUAUAUAUUGUGUUAUUCGUGAUGUACUUAGUGGUCAUGAUGAAAAUGAAGAUAAAACAAUUUUUUUUGUACCAUCAGGUGCUGGACAAGAACGUUUAUUAGCAAAUAUUUAUUCAAGAAAUAAUUUUGAUACUCCAAAAAUAUUAUUUGUUGAAGCACAUGGUACAGGUACACCAGUUGAUCAGCCAAUUGAAGCUAAUUGUUUAGAUCGAUUUUUUAAUCGAUCAGAUCUUGAUCCACCAUUAUUAUUAGGUUCAAUUAAAAGUAAUUUAGGACAUACAGAAGGUGCAGCUGGUGUUGCAUCACUUAUUAAAGUUGCUAUGUGUAUGUAUCAUCGUGGUCUUACAACAAAUAUGCAAUUUACUUCACUUAAUCCAAAACUCGAAGCACAAAAAUAUAAUCUACAUAUUCUUCAAAAUUUUAUACUAUUUCCAUCCGUUUCAAAUAAUGAAAAAAUAGCUAUUGGUGUUAAUUCAUUCGAAACGGUUGGUUCAACGACACAUGCUAUUAUUGAAGAAUAUCAACCAAUAAAUAAAACAUCAAUUGAAAAUGGUCAUAUCGAUGAUGGAAAUCAUAUUAAAAGCAAACAAUAUUUUAUUUUUAUUUUUUCAAAACAAAUCAAUGCUUUUCUUACUGAACAAGCAUCACCAGGCCUUUCAAUUAUAUCACGUCCAACAAAACCAUCAGCACAGAAAAUAUGUUUUGUUUUUAGUGGUCAAGGUCCACAAUGGUGGGCUAUGGGUAGACAAUUAUAUGAAAGUGAACCUUUAUUUAAUAAAUGGAUUAAUUUAAUUGAUGAAGAAAUGGCAAAAAUUAAUAAGGGUGAAUGGAGAUUAUUAGAAGAAUUAAUUGAAAAGAAAAAUGAACAAGAAUCUCGUAUUAAUGAUACAAAUAUUGCUCAACCAACAAUAUUCGCUAUACAAGUUGCAUUAGCAGCUUUACUUGUUUCAUGGAAUAUUUAUCCAUCAUCUAUUAUAUCACAUAGUGCUGGUGAUCAAGCAGCUGCUUUUGUUGCUGAUCGUUUAAGUUUAAAAGAAACUGUUCGUAUCGAACAUUUGGCUUGUAUUACUAUUGUUAAUAGUCCUCGUCUAGUAAAAAUAAGUGGUGAUGAAAUACAGCAAAUACUUUCAAUCUCUUAUCCAAAUGUAUUUAAAGCAUGUGUUCGUAUUGAAAAUGCAUUUCAUUCAUAUCAAAUGAAUCGAUUUGAUAUUGAAAAAGAAAUGCUUCCAUCAUUGAAAGAUAUUCGAGGACUUCCAAUACAAGAUCAAAAACAAAUUUCUGACCCAAUAUGUGCAAAAGCAAAACUUUAUUCAAGUGUUAUUGGUGAACAAAUGAAUGAUGAUAUACCAGUUGAUGCAGCAAUUAUAAAAGAUGAAGCAGCAAAUGUUUUUCUUGAAAUUUCACCACCUCCAGUUUUAGCAACAUCUAUUCGUGAAUGUUAUGAAUUAACAAAUCAACGACAAUCGUCACCACUUAUUCUUCCAACAUUAAAACGAAAAGAAAAUGAACAAAUAACAUUACUUACUAGUUUAGCACAACUUACAACAUCAUCUCAAGUAUGUCCAUGUUGGUAUGCAUCAAAAGGUCCAUCUAUACAACGUCUAGCUAACCGUAUACCGACUCAUCUAUUACUUAGUAUUCGUCAAUUCAAUGGUCAAACAAAUGCAACAUGGAAAAGUCUUAUUAAUAUUAAUUUACCAUAA